AUGCCUUCUCGUAAGCUCAAAGACAGUGAGCGCCGUCGAUGCGCCAAUGCCUGCUACACUUGCAAACGUCGCAAAGAGCGCUGUGACGGCCGCCAACCGUGUGGCCGUUGCAUCACCCGCGGAGUGGAUGUCGAAUGCAGUUUCACCCCUUCUCCGACAACAAAGCGCAGGGUUCGGAGUGUACAACCCAAUUACGUCAACCCUACACCUAGUAGGGACGACUCACAGAACCCUAUGUCACCAAGCGUCUCCUCCUCUAUCGAGGUCUUUGACCAGACUCUGUCUCAGCUUAGCAACCAGCUAGGACAUGAUCUACCCAAAGCCCAUACAGAUCGUCCGCAACUCUCUACGCUCAUACAAGACGGCCACGGGAAAUUCGUCUUUAUUGGCGACGCAGCCAACUUGUCAUUCCUACAAAUUAUCCGACGACUAGUUCGUGAUUCAGUCGGUCCCUGUGCAUUCACAGAGGAUGCUCUACAGCAUCUCAUGGUUGAGGCCAAACCGUCGGACAGCUCCACAUGGUUCGUCAACAUCAUGGAUGAUACGCCAGUCAAGCCCGGGGAGGAAGAGGCUUGUUAUCUAGUCUCCUGGUUCUUCCGCUCAACCACAUCUUGGUACCAAAAGUGCUCUGAUGAACCAGAGGAUAAAGCCUCAGCAGCUCUUUUCUUCCUCGUGUUUGCCAUUGGUGCCCAGACAUGCCCUGAGAAUAAGGACCGGGAAGCGGAGCAGUAUUUCAACUACGGCCGCUUCCUGACCGCGUCCAUCAUCAUGGACGACAUUAGCAUAUCCGCCGUCCAGUCCAACAUUCUUAUUACUAUGUACCUGCUUGGUGCAUCGCGGCGGAAUGCCGCUUUCAUGUACCUCGGCAGCGCUGUCCGCGCGGCAUACGCUCUCGGCAUCCAGCGACACGAUAUCAACAAGCAUUUCAAGCAUUCUGAAUAUCUUCUACGAGAGAGGCUCUGGAAAGUUCUCCGCGUUCUGGAUCUCUUCAUGAGCGCAUCUCUUGGUCGACCACCAUCAACACACGAAACUCGAAACACGGGCAUCGACGAGAAUUACUCGGCUUCUAAUGAUCUCUGCGCUAUCUUUGAAGAUAUCCUUACCAAUAUCUACUCUCCGCAAAAAGUCUCAAACACCCACUUGGAGCGGAUCAGUGAGCACCAUCGGAAAUGGGCGAAUAAGUUCCCUUUGGGUCUGGCUACUGAUAGCAUAAAACCGUCGAAAUUCAUUGAUGAAGCCGACGGGAAGGAAACGCCAAAUAUCGGCCUAUGCCACCUUAAAGAAGCUUACUAUUGGACGAUCAUGCUACUUGCUCGACCCUCCUUGACGAAAAGCGCUUCCAAACACAUGAACAAAUCCGCGCAGGACAUGAGUCAGUGGGAACCCCCAACUGCUGCAACUGAGCCAGAGCAAGUCCUCGCUUUUUCCUGCGUUGACUCUGCUGUGCGGACAGUUGACCUCCUGAAAGUAAUGGGAGACAAUCGAGAAAUUCCAAAACGUCUCCCGUUUGUCGUGAACUCGUUAUUUGUUGCAGCGCUGGUACUUGGGACCGCCUACUUCAAUGACUUGGAUCAUAUUUUCCCUCUUGAGAAAAGUAUGAUCGGUGUAAGAUCCCUGAUGGCCAGGUUCAGUACCCAUGAUCCUGUCGCCAAGGGUGCACUACAAACUAUCGUUAACCUACAAACAGCUUGCAACAUAUACGUUGACGAGAGGGCACGCCGGAAAAUGGAGAGACAGAGUCUUCUUGUGCGGAAUCUGUUUGGUACUGUCCACGAUGGAUCUAGGCCACAGACUCCGAAUCCUCAUGAAAAAGCAAAUACAACGUCUCUGAGUGUUUUCAGCCAAAGCGAGGAAGUCCUUGAUACUUGGUCAUUCGAAGAAUCUAUUGGAGACAUGGAUAGGGGGCUGAUGGGUAUGUUGCCGCAUGAAGCUUUGGAAGCAUUCUCACUUCCCACGCCUACAACAAUCGAGUUCGACUCAUUUGAUGCUAGUUUUCCUCUUUUCUCAACUGUAGAUGUAAGUAGUCUUGAGGUUGAAGGAAACCUGGGGCCGAAUAAUUUGGCGUUUGGACUGUGA